AUGGUUUGGAAAGACCAAAACAAAGAGUUCGUAAAGUACAUGGAGGGUAUCUUUCUCGCUGCGGCACAGGACCCCGACCCGACCAAAAUGGAAGCAGUCUGGAGUGAACAAAUCAAGGGUUUCAAAACAGAAGAUCGAGAAAUGCUAGAGAACCCAAGCGCAUUUCAGUCCGCUAUCAGGGUUUUCAGACAAGUCUAUGCCCAAGGAGGGGCAGGUCAUGGCCUCGAGAUGAAGCUCAACACUGAACCUUGGGGUUUCAACCUGGGGGACAUCAAGUACGAGGGUAUCAGACUCUAG